AUGGUUGGUGGCUCGGCGGGAGACCCAGGAGGGGCGGACUGGAUUCCUGCUCUGGGGGAGCCUGUGUAUGUGAGGAGGUUCGGCACCAGCAUGCGUGGUACGGUGGUGGCAGUGGGUGGUGGUUCGGGAGAAGGCUUGGCAGAAGCAGCCGCUGCUCGGUCUGUGACGGUUCAACUGGGGAAUCUGCGAUUGCAAGUGCAGAGAGCAGACCUCCUUCCCGCCGCCGAUGGCAGUGGUGAUGGUAGGACUGAUGGAGAGGCAGGAAGGAGGGGGCCCACAGGAGGGCUGUUUGGCAGCGAAUGGGAGCAAGAGGAUGACAGUAACAAUAGCAGCAGCACGAAUAGUACUAGGGGAUUGAAGCGUGGUGGUCAGUUCCCCUCCCCGUCCUCCGCCUCUUCCACUCCUCUGCCAGCAGUGAGGGAGGCAGCAGUGCAGACAGCACGAAACACAGUGGAUGUGAGGGGGCGGAGUGCAGAGGAUGCAUUAGCAGCGGUGGACCUAGCAGUGCAGUCCACCCCGGCUGGUGCUGUGCUCUUCAUUGUGCAUGGGCUUGGCACGGGACUGGAAGAGUUGCUGACUAUUAGCUACCUACAACUGUCUUUCCUACUCACUAAACGUCCCUCCUACCAGUAA